UAUGGAAAGUGCUGGAAACCCUUGCAGCAGACGCAGACAUCACUUUCAGGCAGAAUAACUUUGAUGUGGCAGACGUAAACGUCACGUUCAGUGAGACGAGUGCAUGUAACAGCGUAAUAUUAAUGGACCCGACAGUACGCCAUAGUCGAACACACCUAUUUCGUUUUCUAGUACUAGCUUCGCCUCAGUGGAGAACGGCACAUCACUAACUGUUACUGCAGUGCUAAUCAAGAGACAGUUGAAGCAGAAGUUCGGUUGAUUGCAGAGUGUUGGAGACUGGCUGAGAGCACGAGAGCCAUUCUACAGUCAAAGACAGAGAGACCGACAAAAACAAACUACGUGAGACAUAAUGGCAUCUGAGUAUGAAGGUAAUUCACAGGAUCUGAGGAUUGUUCUGCUGGGAGUUUCUGGAGCUGGAAAGAGUUCAAUAGGAAACACAAUACUGGGUCGAGAGGCAUUUAAAGAGAGCAGAACUAGAGAGAGUGAGAUACAGAGAGGAAGAGUAGAAGACAGAAACAUCUCCAUCAUGGACACUCCAGGAUUCUUCAACACUCAUCUGACGGAUGAAGAACUGCAGGAGCAGAUGAUGAAGAGUCUGGAUCUCUCUGAUCCUGGUCCUCAUGUGUUCCUGCUCGUCAUCAACCUGGAGACCUUUGAAAAGGAUGAGAGGAACAUUUUUGCGGAAAUUGAGGAGAUCUUUGGAGUUCAAGCUUUUAAUUUUGUCAUGGUGCUUUUCAUUGGGAGAGAACAAAUGACAGGGAAAAAAUGGAAAAAAUGGAAACUUAGUGAAAAAUUUCAGGACCUAGUCUGUAAAUGUAGAGAACAAUAUCAUGUGAUCAACCAUAAAAAUGAAGUUAUUCAAACUCAAAUCAAACAUCUUUUAAAGAAGAUCCAUGAAUUCAUCAAACAGAAUGAUGAGCAGCAUUUCGAUAACAAGAUUGAGACAAAAGAAAAGAAAAAACAAGAAGAAAACUGCAGAAAAAAAGAGCAAGAGAAAGGGAGACAAGAGCAAGCAAUGCAGGAGACUUUUGAAAUGAACAGAGCAAUGGAAGAAGGAGCAACUUUGUCUGAACCAGAAGAAUUUCAACUAAGAAAGAAAACAACUCAUGUAUAUGAAGAAACGGUACUACAAGGAAUGAACUCAUUAGAUAGAUCUCUGACAUUCUCGCAUGAAAGAAUGGGAGAAGAAAAUGAAGUCAAAAAACAGGAAAACAGCUUGAAAACGAGCCAGAAGAAACAACAGACAACAGAAGAAAAACAUUCAUCUCAAGCAGGAAGAGUUCAAUAUUUGGCAGCGUGUUUCGGGCUCAUUUGUGUUCUUUCGCUGGUCUUCAUCAUGUUUCAUCAUGGCUUAAAGGACUAUUACACUGAUGUUACGACUGAAAAAGACCAGAGCUAUCAAUUCAGCAAAAGCCAAGCAGGUGUAACACACAGUGAUGAUGUGAGGAUUGUGCUGCUGGGAAAGACGGGUGUUGGGAAAAGUUCAACUGGAAACACCAUACUGGGAAGAGAGGCUUUUAAAUCAUUGAUGUCUUCACGCUCAGUGACCAGAGAGAGUUUGAAAGAAACCUCUGAGUUCAACAGAAGACAGAUAACUGUGGUCGACACUCCAGGCCUGUUUGAUACUGGAGUUGAUAAUGUUGAGACCAAAAAAGAGAUUGAGAAGUGCGUCUCAAUGGUGGUUCCUGGUCCACAUGUGUUUCUGCUGGUGAUUCCACUGAGACCAUUCACUCAAGAGGAGAAAGAUACAGUGAAGAUGAUCCAGAAAAUGUUUGGUGAUCAAUCUAGAAAGUACACCAUGGUGCUUUUCACCAGAGGAGAUGAUCUGAGAGGAACAACAAUUGAACAAUUUAUUGAAGAGAAUGAUAGUUUACAGUACCUCAUUCAGCAGUGUGAAAAGAGAUACCAUGUUUUCAAUAACAAAGAGACUGAAGAUCAGACGCAGGUUUCUGAGCUUCUGGAGAAGAUUGACCGUAUGGUGGCAGCAAAUGGAGGGCGUUUCUACACCAAUGAGAUGUUCCAGCAGGCGGAGAAGGACAUCAGAGAAGAACGAGAGAGAAUACUGAAAGAGAAAGAAGAAGAGAUCAAGAGAAUAAAAUCAGAAAUAAAGCAAAUUGAGAAAGAACAUGAGAGAGAAAAACAAGAGAUUCAGAAUGAACAGAAAAAAAGGGAGGAAGAAUUCAGAAAGAGAGAAGAGGAGAUCAAGAAAGAAACAGAUGACAAUGUGCGAACAGAGAUGCAGAGAAUACUGGAGGAGCAGAAGAACCUACAUGAAGAAGAGAAUAAAAGAAAAGAAAAAUAUUUAGCAGAACAACAGGCUGAAAUACAAAAUCUGGAAAAAAGGCUGGAAGAACAAGAAGUCAGAAGAAUGUCACCUAUUGUAUAUGUUGGCGGUUUUUUAUUAUUAUUAUUAUUAUCCUGCUUUUGUGUCAAUAACAGGCAGGAUAAAUAACC